UCCCUGGCGAAAACACAUUUCCAACGCUAGCCACUACAACCUGCCCCGAUCCGGUUGGUGUGUAUGUGGUGCAAUGUGUGCAUGAAGGGGCUCAUCAGCAGCAGCAGCAGCAGCAGUAGUUUAAGUGUAUAUCCCCAUUUUGGAGCGGUUCGAUGUAAACGGGCUGGAAAAAGUUUGUGAACGAUUUGAAGAAAUCGACGAUUCGGCGGGGGCGCCGUGGCAGAUCACUUUGUACAAUGUUUGGAUAAUUUUGCAACUAGUCUAUUGGAAUUCAGCGCACAUCUUAUCAAUUGCUAAUGAAGUAAUUUGGAUUUUGGUGAAUUGCGACGCAGUGGUGGUACCUUGCGUACAAUACUUUUUUUUGUUUUAUGCAUCCGUGCACUAUUGUGCAAUCAAGUGUAAAAUGGUGGUUGAUGCAUCCGAUUUGGUAGUUUAAUUGCAAAUUGUGAACUCCCGUAAAAUAUUGCAUUUUUAUUUUCAACACCAAAAAUUACCAUCCUUCAAUUAAUGCUAAAAAUAUAAGGAGCGAAAUUGGGUGCGGCGUAAACUCAUCAGUGAAUCAUCAUUGUAUAAUAAUGUGAGAAGCAUCUUCUGAAAAAAUGGUUUGAGUUUUGCGAGGUGUAACACGGAAUCUUCAACCUAAGUUCGACGGAAACAUAACCAACUAUGUGACAGUGAAGUAAAACGAAUGGUUUGAUUUUUGUUUCAGUUAUUUUCAUUUCUUCGAAUCCAACACAUAACAAGGAAUACUUGGAAACAAGACAAUAAUCAACUGUACAAAAAAUAUAAAGUAAAAAAUUAGAAAAAUCUGUGAUAAAUCUAUGACAAUAAUUACAAGUGUUAAAAGUAUAAAAUUUUAAAUGAAUGCAUAAUAAAUUAGCUAGUUCAAAUAAGUAACCAAUAAAGGAAGUAUUUCAUCUAAAAGAAGAGUAAGAAGAUCAAUUACAGAGUGAGUGUGCAUUUCCGAAUAAGUUUCGAAGAAUUACGCAGAAAAUUUUCCGCGCUCGCACAAUCCCCAGCGAAUGUGACCGCCAUUUUGGAAACGUAAGGAUAUUUUUCUCAAGCCACACACCGUUACUCACCACUCUCGCAAUCGUCACUCGUCGGUUCCGUUCCGGGGGAGCUGAGCGCACGGAAAAAGGAAUCCCCAACGAAAACCAACGAACCAAGCCAAGCCAAGCCAAAUCAAACCAAACCGAAACCAAAACCGAGCCGCCAUCAUGCUUUCCACCAGCGAACUGGGUGGUGGAAGCCCUCAUCCUGGGAGACAAAGUGAGGAGUAUUGCCAAUGGCGCCCCAAGCCACAGAACGGUCGGAUUACCGCUACCUAUGCUGCCAGAGCCAGGGAUUUAGUCCUAGUGGGGCUUGUGGUGGCGCUUCUACUGGUCGCUAAUGUGGAAUCCCGAGCACCCGAACACUACUUUGGACGCCUAAUCGGAGAUAUCGUCGAAUUUGGACACGGAGUUAAGGGCCGGGUGUAUGCCGUUGACGAGUCGACCCUGUACGUUAAAGGCUUCCACUACGAUGGAACCGCCCCGGAUGCGUUCUUCUGGGUUGGAAAUUCACCCCGUCCUAGCCCCGAAGGCUACAUCAUCCCCUAUCCGGAGGAGUACACCGGGCGGGAACCGCCGUCACUGGGGCAGCACAAUAACUCCAAUGUCGUCCUGAAGCUGCCGAUGGGAAAACGUAUACGUGACAUUCGUUGGCUUUCAGUGUGGUGCAGAAGAUUUACGGUCGACUUUGGCGACGUGUUCAUCCCGCCGGGCUUGGACGUUCCCAAGCCACGCGUCCUGCCCGAGUUCAAACGGUUCGCCCACGAUCUCCGGUCGAGCAACAUCAGCAUCCUGGAUGCGAAGACCUUCUACAUCCCGAACCUGCACUACGACGGUGCCGGACCGGACGCAUACUUUUGGGUAGGCAACGGAUCCGAGCCGAACAUCAUGGGUAUUAAAGUUCCUAGCGAAAGUGGCUCGCUGGAUCGGCUGCGGGGCUACCAUGGUGAGGACAUCGAGAUCCAACUGCCCGGCAAUUUGACCGUAUACGACAUCGAUUGGCUGGCAAUAUGGUGCAUCGAAUAUCGGCAAAACUUUGGUCACGUGCACAUCCCGAAGAACUUGGACAUUCCACCCGCAAUGGGUCAGACGAAGAUAGCGCCAACUUGGUGGUAUAAAACGACCACAUCUUCAACUUCAUCGACAAUUACAUCGUUCGGGCAACCGACAGCAACGCCAACCAGCAAACUUAGCGUCAACUGCCGGGAGUUAUUAUCAGGCAGACUGAACGUAAUGUGGAAGGUCGUUGGAGAGUACGUCGAAAUUGAGUUGAUCGGAAGGAUCGAAGAAAACCAGUACAUGGCGUUUGGAAUAUCCGGCCGGAAUGGACAACCGCAGAUGGUCGGUUCUGAUGUAGUGGUAGCGUUCUACGAUCGCAAAAUGCGUCUUUUCCGUGCAGAAGAUUACUACUUGUCGGCACUAGCACAAUGCGAUGGCAAGCAAGGUGUCUGUCCAGAUGAGCGGAUAGGCGGCAGAAAUGAUGCGGAGCUGAUUUCCGGCGAUCGCCGUCAGGGUGUAACAAAAAUAAAAUACCGUCGACUGCUGCAUACCAACGAGGCAUCGAGCGAUCAGCCUUACCCUACGGAUCGACAAAUUUCGGUGGUCGCUGCCAUUGGUCCUUUGAACUCACGAACCGAAGCGAACGCCCAUAGUUUCAAUGACGCUACCUUGCAAGACAUCCAGAUCAACUUCUCAUCCACGAACGAUCACUCGUGUACGGAUGCUCUGGAUAGUUUGAUUGAUCCAAAUGCUCCAAAAGCAUGGGAAAAGCGAGUCAUCAGUAAACAAACUGUUAUCAGCGCCAAAAUAGGACCGACGGGUGGAAAGCGGGGCUACACCCCUAUGACGGGCCAUCCAUCGUGGGGCAUUGCAUGGUUCCUCAAUGAUAUGCUCAUUCCAGAGGUCUACGUUGAACGCGGUAAAACGUACACAUUCGUUGUUGAAGGAGGCGAUGAUCCUACCCAACCGGCCAAAUACCAUCCGUUCUACAUUACCGACUCGCCUGAAGGUGGAUUUGGACAACAAACUGCGUCAAAGCAAGAAAGAGAAACUGUCUUUGCAGGUGUCGCGUACGACAAAGAUCACUACCCAUAUCCGACUGCUGCCGGACGAUACUGCGAGUGGAAACACAAGAACGUCGACAAAUCGGAGGAAAGUGAAACGUUCGAAGAGUUUAAGAAGACGCUCAACCUGGUGUGUGAUGAUCCCGACGCACAACCUGCCUAUCUGAACUGGACCGUUCCGGAAGAUGCCCCAAAUAUGGUGUACUAUCAGUGCUACACCCACCGAAACUUGGGCUGGAAGAUCAUCGUCGUCGACGAGGGCAUGUCGCUGAAGAUCAACGGAUCGCAUGGAGUGUCUUUGGUAAAUUUGUUCAGUAUACCCCUGCUGGCGUUGACCGUGUGUACUGGCUUACUGGCGACCGUACGGCGACCGCAGUUCUGAUAGUAACUCCUCUAGGUUGUGGUCAAGUUUUAUUUUCGUUUUGUUUUCUGUAUUGUAAAUUGCAUUUGUUCCAACUGUGAAGCCUGCAACGAUAAUGAUGGUAGGAAGUAACUAUACAUAUAGCUAAUGAAUUAAAUCAAAUACACUCGGUGACGUUCCAGCAGGGGGGGAGGGGGGAUGGCCAGCGAAGCGAUGGUUUGAGAUGGAUUCCGGGGAUAGGUUCGCGAGAUGUGUAUUUUUGUUCCACUAGACUCUUAGCUAUAGAUUUGCAGGAAUGUUUUGUUUCGAGUGAACUAACUAUGCGUUCUUAUUACUAUGUUUUUGGUUAAGAGUAACGUCAUACCAGAUGGAAUUUCUACGGUGAAGCAGAUUGAAUUUGGUUGAAUUUUCUUGAAGUAUAUAUCUUUAUUCAUUCGUUGAAUGAUUCUUCUAUGCAAGCAACUUAUUUUCUAACAGUCCUAAUCCUUAAGGCUUAGUAGAACAGCUCCGCACGGGUAUAAAAUGUCCAGAAGUUAACACAUUUCAUUACGCAAUCAUAAACUCACAUUAUCAAACUAGUGUGUCGAAUACCCAACUCGAUUGCUUCGCUGUUCUUGUUGAAAAAGCGUGGGAUCUUGCUUGGUAAACUAUCUCUUCGGUUUGUCCUACUUUUUUCUAGCUUACUCGGAAUAUACCUCUAGCUCUAGCUUGUAUACCAAAACAGAA